UACAAAAACAAAAUACGGCCGCUAAGUGACACAAGUGUGACAUAUUGUUUACAAAGAAAACAAAAUACAAAUACGAAACAUGUCCUUUUAAUUUAUAUAUUAAAUCAAAUUCUUGUGUGACCAAAACCUGACAUUUAAUUUUGGGUAUAAAAUUUACUUUUGCGUUUCUACACGACCGUGGUGAUUUCCAGAUAUUGGUGUUGAAAAUGGACGGUUCUAUUCUCGAACGCAGUGAUUCAGAGUCUGGGGAUAGCUGGACGUUACUCGAGCACAGUCCUUCUCCUGGGGAUGAUGCUCCGGAUUUUACUGAACCUCUUUUAGAAAGCAGAGCAGAGAACCAUGAAAAAGAUGAAGACACAGAUGGGAUAUCUAUUAUUAGUGACAGCGAACCCGAUUCGCCUUCACCCUGCCAACUCUAUGAACACUAUGUAUCUGAUGAUAUCCGUCCAACAGAAAAUGAAAUAACACAAUGUAUAUCGGCUAAUCAACCUCCAAACAAAACUGAUGACCAAGUUGAACCUGUGAGAGAAGACAUUGGCUUUCUCAGUGUCAACGAUAUGAAACAUAGGACCUAUGUACAUAGGCGAAAUAAAAGAUUGAGUACUAUGCUCAACAUUAUUGUUUUAGGAAGUGUUAUCACAGCUGCGGGCGUGGCUAUCGGUCACAUGUGGGGCGCCAAAACAGACUGUUCCAUGCAUACUACACCAAAUGUAAAUAAAAUCUUAUCUAAUCUUUACAAACUACAGGAAGAGAAUGCAUACUUGCGAAGUAAACUGAAAGAAUUAACUACAUUAAAUCAUUAUCAAAUCAAUAUACAAAAGACUUCUAAGCAAAACAGAUGUAGAAAAAUGUUUGAAGAAUCAUUAAAUAAUGAUAAUAUUGAUAAACUUACCAAAUGUCUUGACAAUAAAUUUGAUGAUGCUGAUAAAAUGCUUAAAAGCCAUUUAGUUGAUCCUAAUUAUGAAAAAGAAUUUAUAUCAGACAUUGAUAAAUUAAAGAAUGUAUAUCUUCAAAAUAAAAGUUGGUUGGAUGAUGAAAUUAAUCAAAGGCUUAAGCAAGAAGAAGAGUCCUUGAAGAAGUUAAAACACAAACAUAUUUCAAAACUUCACAAAAUAAAUGAAGAAAAGAAUACAAACAUAAUGGAUGAGCAAGAAACGGUAACCAAAGCGGUUGUUGAUAAUUUGGAUAUGCAAGAUGAAUCCAUGCAAAAUUCUGCUACAGAUAAAAUAGUAAGCUAUGCCGAUUCCCUGAAAUCCACUGAUAAGAUAAAAAAGUUGAUUGAAAAUAAAGAAGAUAACAAAACAUAUAAAGUAGAAAAUAAAGAAAUGAAUAGUAACAAAAAUUUUAAACGUGAAUCUGUACGUAAAUUUGAUUAUUCAGUGAGUGAAGAAGAGUUUCAAAAGGAUAACCGGUACAAAAACCAGAAAUACAAACCAGAAAAACAGAAAAAAGAUCGACAAAAGUCAAAUAAAAAACAAAAGAGGAAGAAUAAGUAUGAACAGUGGGAAAUGAAAGGCGGUUUUAUGAAAGACUAUGAUGAAAUUUCAUUUGCAUCGUCACAGGACGCGGAAAGCGGAAUCAAAAAUGAAAAUUCAAAAUACGAGAUUGAAGAUAAUAUUACCCAUCAUAAAGAUAACACUAAAAACGAUAAACAGGCUGAUAAAAUAGACAUGACAGCAGAAAAUUAUAAGACAAUACCUGAUAAGGGCCCCAAAAAAGGCUACUAUGUCGGGGUCGACGGCAGUAGCUGGUUAGAGAAAAGGGCGACGUUUCGUUCUGAAGCUAGGAAAAGAAUAGAGCACGAGCUGUUUGGUGAAAGUCCUAAUACUGCAGGAUGGUAUUUCAGGCGCAUGCGUAAACGAGAGCAGUGUCGUGCCAAAGGCGAUAACAGUACUUAUCGGAAAUUAUUGAAACGCAAUAUGAAUUUUAAAAUGAAACAUUAAAUACUAUGCUAAAAUAGAAAAUGCAUAACUACACUUCCAUUUUUUCUUACUUGUCUUGUAAUGUAAACAAUGCUUUUAUUAAUUUUUAGUUGAAAGUUUAAAAAUAUAAAUUAAACAAGAAAACAAAUAUAAACAAACUAAGUAAAAAGAGAUUCCUUUGUGUGUUUGAUUUAUUCAAUUAACAAUUAUAAAUAAACAAAGAAAUUGUGAAGGUUAUAAGACAAUUGAGAAAAAAUAGAUUAAGUACAUUUCGUAGAUACGACAAAUCGUGCGACGGGUCGUAGUAGCAGCAUAGUUGUUUAAAUUUCGCAUUAUAAUGAAAUUAUAUGUUAGCCGUAUUGAACUCUUUAUAAUUCUACUUAUAUAUACAUAGGUGCCAAUUUUGUACAUAAUCUGUAAACGGAACUAAAUUGUCAUGAAUAAAAAUAGUGUUAUCCUUUUCUACAAAGGA